AUCUGUCAAAAUAAAACAUUUCCAUCUAACAUGGCAAAUAUACAGUGGACUCUGCUUCUGCUGAUUUGGACGGGUCAAUGUUGCUUCAUGGACUGUCAGCUCUAUGAGUUUCACUACAUUAAAGAGGCCAAGACCUGGACUGAAGCUCAGCAGUACUGCAGAGAGAAUCACACUGACCUGGUCACAGUGACUAACAUGAAGGACAUGGAGAGACUCAUCAGUAUCUUACCUAAAGAUUGGAGGGGAGCCUGGAUUGGUCUGUAUGGUCAAACAGAUGGUACCAGAACAUGGUACUGGUCUCUGCCUGGAGUGCAGUUCAAUGAAAGUGAGAAAAACUGGAACACAAAUGAGCCAAAUGACAAAACUGGGUGGCAGAACUGUGGAAUCAUAUGGAAGAACCUGAAGUGGGGAGACCUGUCCUGUCAUGAUCCUCGAUAUUUUCUCUGUUAUAAUGACAGUAAUUCAUCCAAGAAAUUUCACUUGAUUCAAGAAAGGAAAACGUGGACAGAAGCUCAGAGUUACUGCAGAGAGAAACACACAGACCUGAUCAGUGGAAUGAAGCAGCUACAAGAUGGAGAAGUGAAGGAUGAAACCAGUCCUGUGGGAGUUAAUACAUACAUUUUUACUGGUCUGUUCAGAGACACCUGGAGGUGGUCAGAUGGAAGCAGUUUCUCUUUCAGACACUGGAAUAAAUGGUAUGACAUUCAGAUARACUACAGAGGUCAAUGUGCCAUGACUGUGUUUGAUGGAGGCAGAUGGAAGAACGAGAACUGUGAUGUGCAGAAACCCUUCAUCUGUUAUGAUG